AUGGCGGAGUUUAAUGAUAUGCCAGCAGAGAUACGCAACAUGGUUUACGAGUCACUACUUUCCCAGUCGCAAUCCCAAAACACCGUUGAGCCUCUCCGCAGCAAUAACGCAUUCUCCCUGUUCACUGUUUCCAAGCAAAUCCACGACGAAACAACAUCUUACUUUUAUCAAAACAACAAUAUCAACAUUUACACGCCAGCGCGGACGACUGAGACUGCUACAAUUAUCCCUCCCAUCCCCGAUAGGUAUCUUCGGUUUCUCGGCCGCGUCAGGGUGCUGGCCACAAUCGCCACUGCAGGGUCAAGUACACACACCAAGGUAGCCGGCACCAUCGCAUCCCUAGCGACUAUCGGCGCAAAGUUCGAAGAUGUCCACAUCUUCAUCAAUUCCUCGCUCUCUCGGCUGGUUAAUAAAAUGGCCGAUGACUCGAUCCUGGACGCCAAUCACCCAAUCACCGUUGCCUUGCAGAAGUUACUCGACUCGGGUGUCGCUAAGGUUGUGCGUCUUUCUCUCCCUGGCGCUUGGCUUACCCCCAGUGUCACUCAGCAUCUCAAGAGCCAGUAUGGAGAUCGUGUUCUCUUCAUUGGUCCAGAUGGAUUACCCUGUGAUGCGACAUGUGUCGAGAAGUCAAAGACCGGUGUCCAUGUAACCAGGCACAUGGCUACACUAGGCGUUGACCAAGAAGCCAUGGAGCACGCCUAUUCUAACGACAAAGACGAACUUGACCAAACAACUCCUUCCUCUAUAGCAUCAUCAUUCGGCUCAGCGUUGGCAGAUCUGGAUACGUUCUCCGUCACAAGAUACGAGACCAGCCCCGAAGAUACUAAGAACGAUGACUCAACGGGUGACUCUGCAGGUGGCGACUCUUUCUUCUCCGAAGCCGAGCUUGAAGAGUGGGCAACUUCUGGUGAAGAUGAUGGGCAAGAGGAGUCGUCACAACCCGAGGACAUGGAUGUCGACGACGAGGAGCUUGACGAAGAGCUUGACGACAUGUCCAACGAUGGUUUUGAUACCAUCAUGGGUAACAUGGACGAUGUGGCGCAUCACAUUGCGAACGAGGCGGAUAUCACGUACCUGGUCAAUUUUGCACCGGAUUUGCUCCUGGCUGGACAUAAUCUUGAUCAUUUGAUGUAA